AUGACACCAGAACAGAGUCCAGCGACUUCCCUCAUCGACAGGACCAUCAAGAUGAAGAAGGAGACUGAAGCCCGGAAAGUGGUGUGGGCCUGGGGACUCCUUAACAUGUCUAUUGCAGGCAUGAUAUAUACUGAAAUGACUGGAAAACUCAUAAGUUCGUAUUACAACAUCACGUACUGGCCACUCUGGUACAUCGAACUUGCACUUGCAUCUCUGUUCAGCCUGAAUGCCUUGUUUGAUUUCUGGAUGUACUUCAAAUACACAGUGGCACCGACGAGCUUGGUCAUGAGUCCUGGCCAGCAGACUCUGCUGGGGUUGCAGAACGCAGCGGUACAAACAACUCCCCCGCGUGAGCUGGCAGCCAAGAAAGUCCCAUCUUCUACACCUUCUCCUCCGAUCCAGGGUCAAAGUGUGCUGAGCUACAGCCCGUCCCGCUCCCCCAGUGCCAGUCCAAAGUUCACUACCAGUUGUAUCGCGGGGUACAGCCCUCAGCUACAGGCUCUGUCAAGCAACAGCGCUUCUUACGGCGGCGCUGUCACCUAUUCACCCAGCAGCAGCUACAAUAAGGUCUCCAGCUUCAGCCCCUCUCCUGGUGGAUCACCCUACCCGGCCAGUAUUGGACCGGUGGAAAGCGGUGGGCUACGAUCUCGUUACCGCUCUUCACCCAUUCCCUAUAAUUCUCCUACUGGCAAAGAAGACUAUAUGACAGACCUCAAGUCACUGGACACCUUCCUUCGAAACGAAGAAGAGAAGCACUACAGAGUUCAACUAGGGAGUUCAGACUCCAGCUCUCCUUCCACCAGCCCAACGUUUUGGAACUACAGCCGUUCCAUGGCAGACAACGCACAGAUGCUGAGAAAAUUCCAGUAUCAACCAGCUUGCAGGUCCCAGGCUCCAUCAGCACACAAGGACGACGCUGAUCUGAGCUCCAAACAGGCUGCAGAAGAGGUUUGGGCACGGGUGACAAUGAACCGACAGCUCCUCGAUCACAUGGACUCCUGGACUGCUAAGUUCAGAAAUUGGAUUAAUGAGACGAUUCUAGUGCCUCUUGUCCAGGAGAUCGAGUCUGUGAGCACUCAGCUGAGGAGAAUGGGGUGUCCUGAGUUGCAGAUUGGAGAAGCCAGCAUCAGCAGCCUGAAGCAGGCAGCGCUCGUUAAAGCUCCGCUCAUCCCAACUCUGAACACCAUCGUGCAGUAUUUGGAUCUUACACCAAACCAGGAGUAUUUGGUCGAAAGGAUCAAAGAGCUUUCCCAGGGAGGGUGCAUGAGUUCGUUCCGAUGGAACAGAGGAGGGGAUUUCAAAGGCCGCAAGUGGGACACCGACCUGCCCACUGACUCCUCUAUCAUCAUGCAUGUCUUCUGCACCUACCUCGACUCCAGGCUGCCCCCUCACCCCAAGUAUCCCGAUGGCAAAACCUUCACUUCCCAACACUUCAUUCAGACACCGGAUAAACCAGACACUUCGAAUGAAAACGUGUUUUGCAUCUACCAGAGCAGCAUCAACCCGCCCCACUACGAGCUCAUCUACCAGCGCCACGUCUACAACCUGCCCAAGGGCAGAAACAACAUGUUCCACACCUUGCUUAUGUUUCUGUACAUCAUCAAGACGAAAGAAUCCGGGAUGUUGGGACGUGUCAAUCUGGGUUUAUCGGGAGUCAACGUCCUGUGGAUUUUUGGGGACUAAAGGCUGCUCCUCCGGCGCGAGGCACCACCCUUCCCUCCCUGACUUAUCCAGAAGGGGAUGAUUUAAGCUCCACUUCUUGGGCUGAGGAGAAGUUUUUUUGUAAUUCCUCUGCAAAUUUGAAGAUCUUGCCCCAAAUCAUCGUCAAAACGCUCCCAUGUGUGGAAGGACGGACGGAUGGAGAGGGUUUCUCCUUCCACC